AUGUCAGAUCAACAAAAAGGUUUGAUUCAAGCUGUAAGUGAGAUAUGGAAUCAAGCAGAAGUUAGGUGUUAUGCUAGACACGUUUAUUGUAAUUUUAGGGAUGUAUUUGGUGGGGGGCAGGAACUUAGGAAAUGGUUUUGGAGGAUUGACAAAAGCACAACUGAAAUUUUUUUCCAAGCAUACAUUGAAGCAUUUAGAAAAGUUUCAGAGGCUGCUGCAAACGACUUAUUGAAUAGGAACUACAAGAAAUGGUGUAAAGCAUUUUACACACCACAAUCUUGUUUUGAUAGCAUCGACAAUAAUAUGAGUGAGGUUUUCAAUGCAUAUACACUUAACUCUAGGCAUAAACCAAUAAUUACUAUGUUGGAGGACAUAAGCGAGACUUUAAUGGAGAGAUUAUUUAAGAAAAGAGAUUUUAUUGAAAAGAAAGAGUGUUUCAUUUGUCCAAGAAUUCAACAAAAAUUGGAAGAUAAUAAGUUAAAGUCAAGGGGGUGGUCUGCAUUUAGGGAUGGAAGGUUUAAGUUUGGUGUGAGAGAUGGGAUAACUCAGACGAAAUAUGUCGUUGAUCUAAGAGAUAGAACUUGCAGUUGCAAUACAUGUCAGCUUAGUGGGAUCCCAUGUAAACAUGCAAUUUCUGCCAUUUGGAAGUCUGUGGAACAUCCCAAGCAGUAUGUUGCAAGCUCUUUUACCAAACCUGAAUAUUUGAAGGCUUAUGAUUUUCCUAUGGAGCCUUUGAAUGGACCUAAUGAAUGGCCAAUUUCACAAAUUGAAUCAAUUUCAUCCCCUCCAUUAAAAAAGGGACCAAGUGAUGAGAGGGUCUCACAAGUGGAUGUGCAACUACGAGCGGACAAUGAAGAUGGUCUUUCCGUCGUGUUUGUAGGCACAUUAUUUGUCUUUGGCUUGUAA